CCCGUGUGGACACAAAAGAUUUCAUGUAAAGGAAAUGAAUAUCAAUUUGCUCUUUGUCCAGCAUCACCUUCACGCAUCAAUUGUUCCCAUGAAAAUGAUGUUGGCAUUGUAUGUGCCGAAACACUGAGAUUAGGUGGUACCAGUCGUUGUGCUGGUCGAGUGGAGGUUCUUCAUGAUGGUCAGUGGGGAACAGUGAGUCAUGAUGGUUGGGAUCUGGAAGAUGCUGCAGUGGUGUGUAGAGAGCUAAAUUGUGGAGAUGCUUUAGAAGCACCAACACAUGCCCGUUUUGGACAAGGGAAAGGGCCAAUCUGGAUUAAUAAUGUACUGUGCUCUGGAUCAGAAUCUGCACUGACAAACUGCCAAUCAAAUAAAUGGCUUAAAAAUGGUAGAAAACAUGCUAAUGAUGCUGGAGUCAUCUGCUCUGCUGUCAAACUGGUUGGAGGUUCUCGCUGUACUGGGAGAGUAGAGAUGCCUCAUGGAGACACCUGGAUGUCAGUGUGUGAUGCUGCGUUUGAUGAUCAGGAUGCAGAGGUUGUGUGUAGAGAGCUGAACUGUGGGGUUCCUGUACAGCGGCUGAGAGCAGAUGCUUUUGGUGAAGGAGAGGGACCCGUGUGGACACAAGACAUUCAAUGCACUCAUGAAGAGUCUUAUAUUUCACUGUGUCCAUUAUCACCUUCUCCUAAAGACAACUGCACCCAUGAGAAUGAUGUGGGACUGAAAUGUUCUGGCUACACUGACCUCAGACUGGUGAACGGCUCUGAUAUCUGUUCUGGUCGAGUUGAGCGUCAGUAUUUCACCGAGUGGGGCACAGUGUGUGAUGGGUGCAUGAAUAUGAGAGCUGCCAGUGUUGUCUGCAGACAGAUGAAUUGUGGGAUUGCUGUGUCUGUUGUGGGAGUGGACUGGUUUGGAGAGGGAUCUGGUGAAAUCUGGGCUGAUGUGUUUGAUUGUCAGGGGAAUGAAACACAACUCUCACAAUGUUCAAUCUCUUCAUGGAGUCGAGCUGAAUACUCUCAUGAACAAGAUGUUGGAGUCAUUUGUUCUAGUGCUGGCCUUUGA